UCGCGGGAAAUUAUUAGAAAUGAAAGAACUUAAUAUGCUGUCCAUAAUAAAGCUGAAUGUUUACGCGUCUUGAAUUAUAACAGUAAAUAAUAAAUUAUCGAACUAAAUGGCCGAAUUUGAGGACGAAUAUGCCGAUGAGCUUGAUGCAUUAGAGGAAUUUGACUACCCUGAUGAAGACCUGCGGCCUAAAUCUAAGAAAUCGCUUCAUUUCACCACACCCAAGAACAAAUGUCUGACAGGAGAAGCGAAAUCCCCUCCGAGCCCAACGCCGCUAACUCCACUUGACAGUGUUCAGGUGGGGAAUGGCUCUUUCCGACUGUCGAGUUUGGGGGGUGGGGCGGAGAAGAGGCCACGAGACACAGAGUAUUCACAGUUAUCUGGGAGCGAGGACGACUGUCUGCCUCAUAUUGUUUCACGAUCAAAACGGGCUAGACUAGAGACAACCACACCAGAAUCACGGUGUGAGGAAGAUGACAGCAUGCGAGGACCUUCCCCACCUCCUCCAGUGUCUCAGACACCCAAGUCUGUCAUAAAAACACCAGACUCCCACCCAGCUCAUAGUGUAAGAAAUGGUACUAGACACCAUGUCCAGACAAGCAGACCGAGUGGUAAAUUCAUUCCAGUCACCAGUGUUGAGGGAGAGCGAGUUUAUCUCAAAGUGUUUGAUGUGGCGGACUUAGAAAAAGAGUAUGAUGGUGUCGGUAAAUCAAUUCACACGGCCAAGUUGCUGGAUGUUCCGUUGUUCACACUCCGAGAACAGGCAGAGGAGGAGAGGGGAAGGAAAAUAAUCCAGGAGGCAAGGGAGAUUACUGCAAAAAUAAACAGAACACUGGAUGAAGACCUGGGUAUGGUGGAAGAUGGCGACAAGGAAAACGUGUUGCCAUUGGAUACACCAGAACCUCAACAGUUCCUGUGGGUUGAUAAAUACGCCCCUCGCCAGUACACAGAGCUCCUCAGUGAAGAGACUCUGAAUCGUUCUCUGCUUCACUGGCUGAAGUUGUGGGACCACGUCGUCUUUGAUAAGGAACUUCCUGCCCAGCCAAAAGUGAAGAAGAAACAGAAAGAAAACACUUUCAAGAAACGUUUCCAGCCGGAGAUCAUUGAGGGUCUUGAUAAACUCAACCGCCCUCAACAAAAGGUGGCUCUGCUGUGCGGACCUCCUGGUCUUGGAAAGACAACUCUAGCACACAUCGUUGCAAAGCAUGCUGGGUACAAUGUAGUGGAAAUGAAUGCUAGUGAUGACCGCAGUGCGGAAGUGUUCCGUAACAAGAUGGAGGCUGCCACACAGAUGAAGGCCGUUCUCGGGGCUGAUCCCAGACCCAACUGUCUCAUCAUCGAUGAAAUUGACGGCGCACCACAGGCGGCCAUCAACACACUGCUCGCGUUGAUCAGGCGGACGGACCAGAGUACGACCAAGAAGAAGAACGAAGGUGGCUUAUUGCUAAGACCCAUCAUCUGUGUCUGUAAUGAUCAGUACGUUCCGUCAUUGAGACAGCUGCGUCAGCAGGCUCUACUUCUCCACUUCCCUCCCACCGAGUCAACACGCCUCGCCAGCAGACUCUAUGAGGUUGUGAGGAGGGAGAGUAUCCGAGCAGAAAUGAAUGCUCUGUUGUGUCUCUGUGAGAAGUCGGACAAUGACAUACGGUCUUGUCUCAACACUCUUCAAUUUGUGCGUGAACAACAGAAGGUUCUCAACAUGAAGUUUGUUCAGUCUGUCAGUAUCGGACAGAAGGACGCACAGAAAAGUCUCUUCUAUGUGUGGCAGCAAAUCUUUACGAUGCCCAGACCAAAACGGACUAAUUUUGUGAAUGUCCAUGACAUAGAAGAAGGCCAGGCUGCCAAGACUAAGACAUCGAAUACGUCUCCCGCCAUGAGGUUCCAGCACGUCCUGUGUGUGGUGCAGGCCGCGGGGGAGUACGAGAAGAUGGUGCAGGGAUUAUUUGAGAAUUACCUCGCCGCCAAGACCAAGGACACCUACCUAGCCGAGCUGACGCUGGCGACGGACUGGCUGUGUGACGUGGACCUGAUCAGCGAGUACACGGCGCACCAGCAGGAUUACCAGCUGAUGAAGUACGUCCCCUACCUGGCUGUCACCUUCCACCUGCUCUACGCCUCCUUCCAGCCACCCAAGAUACAGUUCCCACGCAGUCAGUACGAGAACUGGAUGAAGCAGACGAAGUGUGUGAACUUGGUUACCUCUCUUAUGACCGACAUGCCGCCCGCUGUGAAGAAGUUUCUCAGUUUGUCCACCAUGAUCCUUGAUGUGCUUCCUCCAUUCCUGGGAAUCAUACACCCGUCUCUACGACCGGUGAACACCCAGCUGUACAGUAAGCGAGAGAAGGAGGAGAUGGCCAACCUGGUGAGCAUCAUGAUCGCGUACAACCUGACGUACCACCAGGAGAAAACGCCGGAAGGGCAGUACACGUAUCUACUCAACCCCAACAUUGAGGAGAUCGUCAAGCUGCCUGGUCUCAAGCAACACAAACAGUUGACGUACGCAGCCAAACAACUUAUAGCCAGGGAGGUAGAAUUGGAGAAAAUGAGAAGGAAUGAAGCUCGCACCAAUCCAAACAGUGUGGAGUCUAAAGAGCGAUGUAGCGGGAUGAAGGACAACAUUCCUGCCGUGCCGAACCACAUGAAGAAACUCACACCGGUCAUAUCGGAGGAAAAACCUGCAAAAGACUAUUUUUGCCAAUUUACGAGAACCAAGAGAAUUAAGGCAGUUCCAACGGCAGAAGAGACGAAAGAUGAGAAGAAGAAAGAAGUCUUGGACACGGCUAUAUGGUUUCAUUUCAAAGAGGGAUAUUCUAAUGCAGUUCGCAGAAGUGUUAAAGUACAAGACUUCUUGUGAUGGAAUGCAACGUAAUUUAACUGGUCUUAAACAUGGACUUGUAUUGACAGCAUCACACUCCAAUCCCUCGAUGUGUUGGGUGUAUGGAGUCUGUGCAUCUAACACCUAUAUAGACUAUAAGACUUCUUGUGAGGGAAUGCUAUGUAAUUUAAUUGGUUUUCAAAACAGAGUUGUAUUGUGACAGUGUCUUACUGAAGUCUCUAUGUGUGUUGGGUUUAUGGAGCCCCAUUGCAUCUAGCUGACACCUACACAGAUUAACGCAGUUCACAGAAGUGUUAAAGUACAAAACGUCUUGUGAGGAUGUGUGCUGUAAUUUAAUUGUUUUUCAAAACCAGGGCAAAUGUUGACAGCGUCUUACUGAGCUCCCUAGAUAUUUUGGGUUUAUGUCACUUGCUCAAAAUACCUACACAGACUGGCUGUAGCGUUUCUAAAGACGAGGACACUUAGUUACACAUCUUUUCCAGUUACGUGUAGACAGUAACCAACAACACAGUAAUGGUAAAACAGCUAAAUGUCAUUACAACCACACCACCCAACAAUGAUUGGUGUUAAAGGGAGAGUCAACUCAAACAAGAGCCUUAUGUGUUGGAAAGAUGCAUACCCAGACCACCAACACAUACUGACACUUAAAGGGAGAGUAAACUCAAACAAGAGCCUUAUGUGUUGGAAAGAUGCAUACCCAGA